UAGACUCCAAUUUGGCAGGGAAAUGUCGUCUGUCACAUAUCUCAAGGUAUUUCUUACAUAGAAAGGCUUGACUUAAAACAGAUCGGAAAAUGGCAUCCUAACACACAGCAUAGAUUCUUUCUGUGUGGUACUAUCAAAAUCGCAAUUAAGAAUUGCUUAGUGUUAAAAGAAUUCCGGUUUGCCUUUUUUUCGACUUACAUUAGAAGAUUCGAGUUUGUGGAUUUGGGUUGUGAUUAAGACCUGACUUGUGUAGAUGAAUGAUUGAUGAAGGAAUUAAGAUAGCACAUCUUGAUAUAAUAACAGGACGACAGGAUGGACACUCGUCUGACAUCCAAGUCAUUUUGUUGAUUCGCUGAGUGCUGGAGUACUCGUGUGUUUCAUAUUUACAAAUCGGACCGUAACAACUUAAAGUGUGAACGAAUUAAUCAAUCGAAAAUGGAGCUGUAUACCAUAGUGUUCAAGUUGAUCUAUUACAUAAUAUAUAAGGACGUGUCUAGGAUAUCAGAAUCCCGUCGUCUAAACUGGACAACCUGACAAUUUACCAUCGGAAUUCAUCCAGAAAUAUUGACGCUUUAAUCCCUCGUGUUUUGAACGAGGACGGUAGUUCCCGAGAUUGAGACGAAGCGACUCUUUAGUGCCGUUAUACAUAUUAAGUGGUAGAUCGCGUAUCUUCUGUAAAUCGCGGCACUGAUGACCGUGAACUAUGACGGUAUAAUCCGUGAGAAUAAUCAGAUGGAAUAUUAUACAUAUGUAUACAUUUAUAUUGAUUUUUGGUUAACGGUCGCGUAUAUUUUUAUCCAGGUAUACGUUUAAACUGGAAUAAUGUAUCAGUGUGAAAAUUCAUAAGGCAGAAAUGUUCCAAAGAUCUCUGCCUGUUCCACGUAUCUCGAAAAUUUCAGUGUGAAACAAAUAUUUAAUGUGAAAGAAAUCCUGACGAUUAAUCCGAAAUGGCGAGUGAGUUUUUUGCAAGGAAGUUAAACCUGGAGCUGGCCUUGAACCCGCUGUUCCAUGGUCCGCACGAGGAGCUUAUGGAGGAAACACCCCCGGAAAAGGAGGUCAAGGCCCCGAAAAGAAGAGAACAUACACAUAGUGCUUCGCGAAUUCAUGGCGGCCAUAACACCGGAAGUCAAUCAAAAUUCACCACCGGAAGUCAUAUAAACAGUUUUGAGUUUAAAAAUCGCAAUCCGAAAGGUGUAUAUGACUUUCUUAAAGUUAAAAUGGACCGUGAGAUUGCUAGAACUAAAACGACUAAAAUUCGAAAAUUCUCUGGCAAAAUAAAAAAGGUGGAUGAGACAGAAUCCGGAAAUAGUGAUAAAACAGAAAGGGUAGAAGUAAUUGUCGAAGUGGAAGCGGAUACGAAAAAUACGGAAAGAACUAGUGAUACAUCGGAACCUAACAGCUAUCAACAGACAGUAAAAUGUGUGGUUCCAAAAACCGGAAGUGAAAAGACAGGCAUGGUACCGGAAAUACUACAUUAUUCGGACGAUUUUUCAGAGGGUCCUUUGGAGGUGUAUGAGCCGGUAUUCGUGAGGUUUCCGGUGUGGAAGCCAGCCAAACUCAACCACAGCUAAAGGAAAUGAGAAACCUACUCUCGCAGUGUCCAGUACUGGGCGACAUGUUGGAUCAUAGCUAAAGGAAUUUACGGAGAGCGUUCGGGCAGUUUCAAGACAUUAAGCAUGAUCUCGGAGAAAAAUAAUAAUCUAUGAAAAUUAAGUAAAUACAGUCUAGAUUAUUUCCUUCUUGAUUAGAAGCCACAAUAUUGAAAGAUGAUUGAUGUUUCCCAUUAGCGCGAAUGUUUCUCAUUAUAAUGUAUGUUUCCUAUAAGAGCGUAUGUUUCCCAUUAGAGUUCGUAUUUCCCAUUUGAGCGCAUGUUUUCUGUUUGUGUGUGUUUCCCGUUAGAGUGAUGUUUCCCAUAAACGCGAUUGGUUCCCAUUAAAGUGUACGUUUCCUAUUAGACUGUACAUUUCCCGUUAGUUAUGUUUCCCAUUUGAGUGUAUGUUUCUUGUUAAUUCAUGUUUCCCGUUAGUGUAGGGUUCCUAUUAGAAUGAAUGUUUUCCCGUCUUUAUGUUUCCCAUUAGGGUGUAUGUUUCCCACUAGGGUGUAUGUUUCCCAUUAGGGUGUAUGUUUCCCAUUAGGUUUAUGUUUCCCAUUAGGGUGUAUGUUUCCCAUUAGGUUGUA